UCGAAAGAGGAGUGCAUCGUUUAGGUCUCCGGCGAGAUUCCCAUGCUGUCAUUGUUUAAAUAUUCAAACGAAAACAUCGAUGAUGAUAAUACAAUUCGCACUGUGUUUUAUGCUUCGUUGGAUUUUCGCCAGAGGAGAACUUUCUCCUACAAGUGCAUUCCAAACUAGUCAAUUGAACCCAUUAAUGCCAAAUGACGAGCAAAGUGUGAGAGAUUGCCCGUAUACAAAUUAUGCGUACGCGAAAAGUGGAUUGGCUAGUUCUAUAUUCUCAGAACCCUACAAUGACAAGACGUUCGCACAUGUCGUGAAACUAGCAUCCACAAAUCUUUUGUGUGUUGGUGUGAUAGUCGAUAACAUGCACGUGCUAACCACGCGCGAUUGUGCUUUAGAAAACCCAAAAACGAUCAACUUUCACAGUGCAAAUUAUUCCGAUUGGGAUAUUGAUUCAACAACGCACCAUCUGAGUCUAGGUGUUGCUUUGCUGAAGCUCAAAACCAGUUUAAAAAUCAGCAAGCAAAUUACACCUGCAUGCUUCUGGACCACAUCAACCAAACGCGGAUUCCCUACUAUACAACGUGUUUUUCAGGAUGAACACAGUGGAACUUUACUUAAUAGCACAACAUAUUGCCCGCUUUCUGAGCGUGAACCAUGUUUCGCGGAUGCUAAGAAAAUAAAUGAUGGUUUCUUGCAAACUCCUGCCAUUUCCAAUUAUCGAUCACAUCCUUUUGUUGUCGCAUUCGGUUUCAACGAAGAUGGAUCGAUGCUGGAAGUAUCUGAGUACGCUGAAUGGAUUCGACAGGAAACUGUGAUCGAUCUUAAUGCUAUUGAUUGUGCUACGAAAUAUUUCCAGUUUAGAGAGUAUGAAGCCAGCACCAGAAGACAUAUUUCAGUCGAUCCUACCAGUAGUUUUCAAUCGAUUCAGCUUCAAAAUGCAAUCAUGUCAAACGCAGUCAAUAAUUACUACAAGGUUUCAAUUGGACACUAUCUGGAGGAUCCUGAACGAGAUACGGUAAUAACCUACGACUGCUAUGGAACCCUGAUCGAUCGUCAGUAUGUUUUAACUGCGGCAGGUUGUGUGAGUGAUUGGUCAAACCACUCAUUUAUAGUUAGGAUGAAUCAGGUUAGUAAAUAUUUGCCGCCCACUGAACCAAAUCUUCCCUGGAUCGAAAUCAAUCCAUAUGAAGAGGAAUCGUACGUUUCCCACAUCUACAUUCAUCCAAAUUUCAGUAGAACUCCACUAGAAAACGAUAUUGCAUUGCUGCAGUUGGAUCCUACUGAAUUUAAUUUCAACAAAUAUUUCAAGCCUGCGUGUCUGUGGACCUACGAUCAGCUACCAGCGCAUGAGUUCCAAACUAACGGACAUGGCCCGCAGAGAACUGCUGGAUUUCAAACAACUGCAUUGGAUGAUAAACAAGCGACUGAGCUUUAUUUGAAAUCAAACGUGCUUGAUGAUUGUCCGUUGAAUCUGACAAAACACCAAAUAUGCGUUGGAAACGCUUUUACGGUAGUGCCGGGAGCAUGUACGAAUAACUUCGGAUCUGCAAUGUCACGCGAAAUUUGGGUGUUUGAACAAUUUAUUCUAUACUUUAUAUUUGCCAUAAGCAGCCAGGGCAAAAACUGCGGAUUCAACACACCGUCCACGUUCACCGAAGUUUCACCAUACACCAACUGGAUCGACGCGAUUGUUUUUUCAGACAACAUACAAUUCAAAGAUUCAAACGUAUAUUACGGUGAUGAAUGUACAAAUGCAAAUGGAACAUCCGGCGUUUGUCUGGCAAUCGAGGAAUGUCCCGGCAAAAUGGAACAGACUGUGGAUAGAAAUAAUACUGAUUUGGAUGAUAUUCGAUGUGGUUUCGAGAAAGAUACCUCACUUAUCUGCUGCACAAUCGUAGGCAACAUUCGAGCACACCCACCAAACGAAGGAUCGAAGGAAGUUAUGGAAGAGAUUGAAAAUUGCUCACAACUGUACUUCGAUCUCAGAGAAAAGGAAGGGAUGCGUAAUAGUGACACUUAUUUGGCAUCUAUCAAAUCAGGUUCGUCAAAUGUUACCUGUGAUGCUACUUUGAUUACCAGGUCUUUUUUGAUUACCUCAGCCAAUUGUUAUAAAAGAUUUACGAAUCAUGAUGACGUACUUGUACUUAUUGGUAAAACUCCAGAACAGCAGAAUAGCACCGUUGAGAAAGCAUUGAUCCACCCGAAAUUUGAUACAGAACUUCGGUACGGCAACAUCGCUGUGUUGAAGUUGACGAUGCCAUUUUCAAUAAAUAAAGCCGUUAUUCCUGCCUGUUUGUGGCGUAAUUCUUCCCAUGUGCCAUUUUUGCUACAGGCGACUGGUGCAGGGGAGAAACCUUUCAACAUUCCAGCUUUUCCAUUAUAUCAUAAAACUUGCGAAAAGAAAGGAUUCAAUAAUCUUUCUAAUUCGGAACUGUGCGUUUCAAAUGAGGACGCUGCUCAAGCUUUCGAACCGUUGAUACAUAGUGACGGAGGAACUGGACUUUACAACAGUUGGUCUGAUGUGAUAAAUAAGGUACAAGUUUCCUAUUUGGUGGGAGUAUUUAAUCAUGGAACUGUUUGCGAAAAAUGCGGCACAGGAGUGUUCACUAGAAUAAGUCAUCAUUUUGGGUGGAUCAAAAGUGUUAUAUACCGUAAUGCAUAAUGUUAACUUUCGCCUAAAUAAACGCGUUGACCAGAA